UGUGUUGCAGCGACACUCAGAUCACAGACGAGGAGUAACAGCAUCAGCCGAGCCUGAGAGCAGAAAUCCCCUCCAGGUGACCGGCCAGCAUCUUCUAGACAUCUCUUUCCAGGACGGCGGCGGCGGCCAGACAAGCCAUGACCUUCAAUCAGAGAUUUGCUGGACUACGUCUCCAAGACCAAGGUGUAAACCUAAAAAAGUUUGAGGAAGAUUUUCUGUCGGCCCACAAUUCCUAUCGGAAGAAGCACGGAGCGCCACCUCUCCGGCUCAACCCAGGGCUUUGCCAAUCUGCACAGAAAUGGGCCGACCACCUGCUUUCAAUCCGCAGCUUACAGCACAGCAACAGCAACCACGGCGAGAACCUGUUCUACAAAUACAGCUCCAGAGCAAAGGAGCUGCCAGGUCACGAGCCCGUGGAUUCCUGGUACAGCGAGAUUAAGAAUUACAACUUCAGUAAACCUGGCUUUGGAGGCAACACGGGUCACUUCACGCAGGUCGUCUGGAAGGACUCCAAGGAGGUGGGAGUCGGGGUGGCUACAGACGGUAACGGCCUUUUCUUUGUGGUGGGACAGUACGACCCGGCGGGGAACAUCACAAACCCGGGCUACUUCGAGAAGAACGUCCUGCCUGCCGGGUCGGCGCCUUCUACAGACAGCGCCGGAUCGGGAUCGCUAGGGAAUCAAGGAAGCCGCGAUGAUUCAAGACCAAGCAAGUCCACCAGCGACACCAAGCCGGCCUCAUUACCUGGCAGAAAAGGUGCCGAGGAGAGCCAGUUCGAGAAGGAUUUCCUAUCUGCGCACAACGCCUACCGGAAGAGACACGGGGCGCCCCCUCUCCAGCUGAACCGUGACCUCUGCCGAUCCGCUCAGCAAUGGGCUGACCACCUGCUGUCCAUCCGGACCCUGAAACACAGCGCCAGCGACCACGGAGAGAACCUGUACUACAAAUACAGCUCCAACUCCAGAGAACUGCCAGGUCACGAGCCCGUGGACUCUUGGUACGACGAAAUAAAGAAUUAUGACUUUGCCAGGCCAGGUUUCCGCAGUAACACAGGUCACUUCACGCAGGUCGUCUGGAAGGACUCCAAGGAGGUGGGAGUCGGGGUGGCUACAGACGGUAACAGCCUUUUCUUUGUGGUGGGACAGUACGACCCGGCGGGGAACAUCACAAACCCGGGCUUCUUCGAGAAGAACGUCCUGCCUGCCGGGUCGGCGCCUUCUACAGACAGCGCCGGAUCGGGAUCACGGUGGAAACCCAGCAGCACCAGGGACCCAGAACCAGACAAGCCCUCCAGUGAGCGGAAUGCUCAGGCAGGCAUUGGCAGACGAGGGGCCGGUGCAUUCGAGCAGGAAGCUUUAGACACUCAUAAUAAGUAUCGGCGGCAGCACGGAGCGCCCGCUCUCACGCUGAACCAAGAGCUGUGCGAAUCCAGCCAGAAAUGGGCCAACCACCUCCUGUCCAUCAACGCUCUGCAGCACAGCAACACCACCCAUGGCGAGAACCUGUGGUACAAGUGGAACUCCAGCAUGAGAGAUGCUUCUGGCAGCGAGGUCGUGGACACGUGGUACGGGGAGAUAAAGGACUACAACUUCAGCAAACCCGGCUUCCAAUCCAACACAGGUCACUUUACUCAGGUUGUCUGGAAAGAUUCUCGAGAACUUGGCAUUGCCAAGGCUGUGGAUGGCAAAGGUAUGGUGAUUGCAGUUGCCCAGUACAGCCCGGCUGGGAAUAUCACCAAUCCUGGCUAUUUCCAGAAGAACGUGCUGCCGAAGGGUACCCCGGUGUCUGAUGUGGGAGCGGCGGCACCUGAACGCAGCACCUCCGGGCCCUACUAUCCGGGAGCCAUCAGAGCAGAUACAGCGGCAACACCUACAGUAGACAGCAGAGAGUUUGCGUUGGAGUUUCUGAAUGCAAACAACACAUAUCGGUCUCGCCAUGGAGCAAAACCGUUGCAGCUGAACUCGCGGAUCAGCCAGGAAGCCCAGAAGUGGGCCGAGCAUCUGCUGACGUUAAAGACGCUAAAGCACAGCGAGACGUCGUAUGGAGAGAACAUAUGGGCCAAGUCUGGGGGCCCCUCCAUCACCGUGACAGGACAGGAGGUGGCUGACAGCUGGUACAAGGAGGAGAAGAAUUACAACUUUUCCAAACCAGGAUACCAAGCGGAUACAGGACAUUUCACGCAGAUGGUAUGGAAGACCUCCAAGGAGGUUGGAGUCGGAUUAGCGUCCAGUGGAAAGGGGAUGUUUAUUGUGGUUGCGCAGUACAACCCCAGCGGGAAUAUUACUAACCCCGGAUUCUACGCCCGGAACGUCCUUCCUCGCGGAUCGAAGGUGACUGAUGACGAUGAUGAUGAAGACGGCUUUGCGAAGGAAACUGGUGCGAAUGGAGUUGUUGCCAUUCCAGAAAAGGAACUGAAGGCUUUUCGAAAGGACCUUCUGAAUGAGCACAACAAAUACCGCCGGCUGCAUGGUUCGGGAGCGCUGCAGCUCAGCACGGUCCUGAUCCAGGAAGCCCAGAAAUGGGCUGAUCACCUGGCGGGGAUCCGAGCUCUCCAGAACAGCGAUACCCAGCACGGGGAGAACCUGUGGUACAGAUGGGGAACCGACACCAGUUUACCAACAGGGAAGGAGGUGGCCGAGUCAUGGUACAAUGAGAUCUCCAAAUACAACUUCAGUAACCCCGGGUUUCAGAGCGGGUCAGGGAACUUCACCCAGAUGGUAUGGAAGUCAUCGUCCCAGGUGGGCUUCGGCCUGAGCACAGACAGCAAGGGAAUGUAUAUCGCCGUCGGCUUCUACGACCCAGCUGGAAACAUCGCCAACAAGGGAUACUUUGAAGACAACGUCCUGCAGAAAAAGAAGUGAGAACGUGUCGCCUUUCUUUGUGGACAUAGUAAAGAGGCUCUACUCCAAGAACAAGCCAGCUGAGCCCCGGCCGGCAACCAGGAGCCCCUGCAAUGCAAGCUUCUCACCUGCCCAGGACUUGGGAUCUCUCUGAAUUCCUCCUCGACGCCUCUGAUCCGUAAAUCAAAAAAACAACAUAACCCGGGAUGUGUGAUGGAGAUAUAUUAAUGAGGAUCUAGUUAAUGGACAGUGCUGAAUAUAAUCCCCAGUAUUACAAGACUCCCUCACACCCCCAGAACAAAAAAAAGAUAUUCGUGGGGCAGAUAUCCUUAUUGACCGUGUGCUGCCCUGGCCGUGGCCUAUGUUUACUGAACAGUUCACAGCCCCAACCAGCACCUGGCUGCAGAUUCAUGGUGAUGCGCUGUUUAGUAAACAUGGCACAGCGUACAGCGUUUGUUUACAUUGGAUUCUGCGCCUUAAAACCAACCCCUAGCACUUCUCAACGACACGUUUUGGAUUUUCCCAUUGAUUUUAUGAAGGUAAAACACUUGCAGUCCUGCAUUGCUCAUCCCAUUUUUGUUACCCCAUCUUACUGCCACAGCGACUCCCAGGUCACCCCCAGAA